GAUCUCCAGAACUUUUUUCAUCUCCUUUUCAUCUCUGUACCCACUGAACAAGUCUCCAUUCCUUCUUCCCCUCUAGCCCCUGGCAGCCCCUGCCCUGCUUUCUACUUCUACCUAAUUUCUUUUUCUCAUGGCCUUGACAUUUUAAAGAAAGCACAGUCCAGUUAUUUUGCAGAAUGUCUUUCAAUUUGAGUUUAUCUGUCAUCUCUUCAUGACAGAUUCAGGCUGAGUAUUUUGAGCAUGCACAUCACAAAAGUGAUGCUGUGUCCUCAGCUUUAUCAGGAGGCAGAAAGAUUCAGUUUGUCUCACUUCCGGUCAAGUUAACUUUGCUUACUUAGUUAAGGGGAUGCAUGCCAGUUUUCUCCUGUGCCUUCUCCCGAUAUCUCCUGUGAAGUUACCGUUUCCUCUUUGCAAUGAUUAAGUAAUCUGUGGGGAGAUACUUUAAGACAGUGUGGAAGAUGUAUGCUCUUGAGAAAGUCACAGAUCUUUUCCAGGAAUCAGUUUCCCCAAGCUGUGAAGUGGGGACUGAGACAUCUUAAACUUGAGUGAGAGUUUAAGAAAGUGAAAGUGCUGGAGAGGCUGGAGAAUCAGUGAGAGUUUAAGAAAGUGAAAGUGCUGGAGAGGCUGGAGAAUCAGCAAGACCUUGGCAAAAAUAUACAUAUGCUGUGAAUUAAUAUUCUGCACGCUGCAAAGGGCGGGGAGAGACUGCUGGGGCGGGGCCGAGAGCGCGCGCGUGCGUACGUGUUCUCCUGCGCGUGCGCCUGCGCAGGGGAAUGACCACAGAGUCGGUCCUCCAGGGACAGACAGGCCGGAAAUUGUCCUCGCGAAACCCCCAGGCCCUUGGGUUGGCUGAGCUGAGGCGGCGCGAACGGCGUCCGUGGGCCGCUUGGCGUGGUAGUCGUGACAGCGGGUCGGUGUGACGGGCUCCUGGGUUCUGGGUGGGGACAAUGGCGUCUCGGGCAGGCCCGCGAGCGGCUGGCACCGACGGCAGCGACUUUCAGCACCGGGAGCGCGUCGCCAUGCACUACCAGAUGAGUGUGACCCUCAAGUAUGAAAUCAAGAAGCUGACCUACGUGCAUCUGAUCAUAUGGCUGCUGCUGGUUGCCAAGAUGAGCGUGGGACACCUGAGGCUCUUGUCGCAUGAUCAGGAUGACAGUUUCGCUGGGUGGUCUACCCAGAUUCCUCGCCAUACCCAGUCGGCCCUCCCCCUCUCCCCAAAGCCUUGGUGUGCUCGGCUCUGUCACUACCCCAGCUGUUGGUGCCUGUAUCUGUUGCCAGGUCCCUCAGGUCUUCAGAGGGGCUGGUUCCACCUCCUGGUGCAGAAAUCCAAAAAAUCUUACAAGUUCCACAUCUGCAGGAAACACAGGACACCAGCAUCUGCUCAGAGGAAGCCGCUGAUUAGCUGCCGCCGUUGCCUGUCCGAGAAUGGCCAUUGCAUCUCCAUCCUCUCCCCAGACACCUCAUCGAGGGGGUUGCGCUCCAAAAGAACCCAGCCCACUGAUCCAGAGGCAGGGGCAGGUCUCUCUAGCCUCGGCUCACGAAGGCCUGGAGGGCCUGAGUUCUCCUUUGACUUGCUGCCCGAGGCACGGACUAUUCAAGUGACCGUUCCUCCAGGCCCUGAGGUCAGUGUGCGUCUUUGCCACCAGUGGGCACUGGAGUGUGAAGAACUGAGCCCUCCCUUUGAUGCCCAGAAGAUUUUGUCUGGGGGCCACACUGUAGACCUGCCAUAUGAAUUCCUUCUGCCCUGUCUGUGCAUUGAGGCAUCCUAUCUGCAAGAAGACACCGUGAGGCGUAAAAAAUGUCCCUUCCAGAACUGGCCUGAAGCCUACAGCUCGGACUUCUGGGAGUCAGUGAACUUUACUGACUACAGCCAGCACAGCCAGAUGGUCAUGGCCCUGACACUGCGUUGCCCACUGAAGCUGGAGGCCUCCCUCUGCCAGAGGAAGGGCUGGCAUACCCUCUGCGAAGACCUCCCCAACGCCACGGCUCGAGAGUCGGAGGGGUGGUACAUCUUGGAACAGGUGGACUUGCACCCCCAGCUCUGCUUCAAGUUCUCCUUUGGAAACAGCAGCCACGUUGAAUGCCCCCACCGGAUAUUCGCCCCUUCCUGGAACGUGAGUAUGGAUACCCAGGCGCAGCAGCUGGUCCUUCACUUCUCCUCAAGGAUGCAUGCCACCUUCAGUGCUGCCUGGAGCCACCCAGGCUCGGAGCAGGACAGCGUGGUGCCCCCUGUGUACAGCGUUAGCCAGUCUCAGGGCUCAGGCCCAGUGACACUAGACCUCAUCGUUCCCUUCCUGAGGCCAGGGGGCUGUGUCCUGGUGUGGAGGUCAGAUGUCCAGUUUGCCUGGAAGCACCUCUUGUGUCCAGAUGUCUCUCACAGACGCCUGGGGCUCUUGAUCCUGGCACUGUCGGCCUUCACCACCCUAUUGGGCCUUGUUCUGGUCCUCACCCGCCGGCGCCCACUGUCAGGCCCGGCUUGCGCGAGGCCUGUGCUGCUCCUGCACGUGGCGGACUCCGAGGCGCAGCGGCGCCUAGUGGGAGCGCUGGCUGAGCUGCUGCGGGCCGCGCUGGGCGGCGGACGCGACGUGAUUGUGGACUUGUGGGAGGGCACGCAUGUGGCACGCCUGGGCCCGCUGCCCUGGCUCUGGGCGGCGCGGGCACGCGUGGCGCGAGAGCAAGGCACCGUGCUGCUGCUGUGGAGCGGCGCCUGCCCCAGCCCCGCCGGCGGUCAGGAUCACCGCGCCGCGCCCCUGCGGACCCUGCUCCACGCCGCCCCGCGCCCGCUGCUGCUGCUCGCAUACUUCAGCCGCCUCUGCGCCAAGGGUGACAUUCCCCCGCCGCUGCGUGCCCUGCCCCGCUACCGCCUGCUGCACGACCUGCCACGUCUUCUGCGGGCUCUGGACGCGCGGCCUUCCGCCGAAGCCACCAGCUGGGGCCGCUUCGAGUCCCGGCGGUGUCUGCGGGAUCGCCUGGAGCUGUGCCGCCAUCUGGAACGCGAAGCCGCAAAACUCGCCGACCAGGGCUGAGCAGAGCUCACCACGUUCUGGAUGUCUGUGGCACGAGCUAGAACCCCUGAAUCAGGCAUCUAACCUGGAUCUUUGAGGUGCCUCCUUCCACCGCACGACUGGCCAAAAAGCCUUACUCUGCCUCCCAGCUGGGAGCAGAGCACUCACUCACUGACCCGCCCUUUCCCCACUGUCUGGCUUCCUCAGAAGCCCCAAGGAGAGAGUCACUCUUUCCGGAGAACUCCCCCGACCCCAGCCCUGAUGUGGGUGGGGAGUCAUCCCACUUCCUCUCUCCAGAAUCCCAGAAAGAGAGUAGUUGCCUGUGCUCCAGUCCAAGCCAGAGAUAUUGAGACGGGAGGGGAGGCAGGCCCGUGGCAGUUCUGAGUGAAAGGUGGCUCCAGAGGGGGUGGGGGAACAGAAAAGCGUUUGGAUGCUGGGGAUCCCCCUUUCUCAAACCGGCCCUGCCCAGAGUGGAGGGAGGGAGGGUUCUGGAUCCCAGGAAAGGGGCUUUGGCCCUGGAUGACCAGGGUAGAGGUGGGACAUUGGAAACCAAGAUAGAGGAAGAUGAAUAAAGGUGAACAUUUUGGAUAAACUAAGAAA